CACUGAGACUGAUCUUUCUUCUCCUGCACUGAUUAGUCCAUUCACAGCUAGGAAAGACUUUGUGACAGAUCCUAUCUGACUCCAGUGAUCUCUGCAUCUUCCUGAAGUGGUGAGAUCCAAGUCAGCACAGAGAGAUGCAAACCACAGUUUUCAGCAUGUGCCUGGUUGCCAUGGCGUUUGCCAACCCUCUUCGGAAAGCCAGAGACCUGGAGAGUGGCAGUCGGGAGAAUUACUACCGUUAUUAUGGACAGUUCUAUCCACCUAUAUACAGCCCUUACUAUCCUUAUCGGCCUGGAUAUCCUGGGCUACCAUUUGGUCCCUAUUACCCCAUCUAUCCCCGAUUCCCUGGCUAUUUCCCAAACUACAACAAACUCCCUCAAUUUCCAAACGUUCCUCAGUAUCCAAACUAUGGACCUGUAUAUAAUGGGUUUUCAAGGAAUUCCAAUUCCAAACUCUCCAAGAUAAAGGAAGAUAAUAUUGUGGGAGAGGGUGAUCCUAAGGAAUACUCUGUGCUAAGCAAUCCUAGACCCCUCAGUAUAAGUUCUGAGAUUUCAUUCGAAGAUUCAAGCAGUAUGGAAGAUAGUGAUUUCGGAAUCCCCUAUGAAGACGUGCCCUACGAUGUGCCAGAUUAUGGAGGCCCUGGAGAUCCAGAUUAUGAAGGCCCCUAUUCACCAGAUAAUGUGGGACCUUUCACACCAGAUAAUGAAGAUCCCUUUUCACCAGAUAAUGUGGGACCUUUCACACCAGAUAAUGAAGAUCUCUUUUCACCACAUAAUGUGGGACCUGCCACACCAAGUGUUGACACCAAUACUAUGGAUGUCGGGGUUGACCAGCCGAACUCCCAGGAACCAGCUACUGAUGUUUCGAAUCCAGAGCAACCUGUUCUCCCGUACUCCGAAUCUGUGCAAGGAGUGGACUCACUCGGAUCAGAUGUUGAAGGUGCUUCUGUAAUCAGUGAGAGCAACAAGCGGAUGAGCCGACACAACACAAUCUCUGAACCGACCAGAUUGGGCAUUAACCAUGAUGGAAACAUAAAUAACGAGCAAUUUGCCAAUCAGCAAAUGUCAAAUGGAAACUUGGAUGAAGGUGAUCAAGCUGAACAGGAUGAGGCUUGGAAUGUUGGUUUCAGCAUAGUGGAUAUGGACUCAGUUGGCCCUUCCAACAAUUAUGACGUUGAUGGAAUUGAUGAAGCUGACUCCAAUGAGGAGGAUAAUGAUGAGGAAUCAAAUGAGGAUGAUAGUGAACAAAAUGACGUCAUUGCAGAGGAAAGCAAUCCCUACAUGAUCAUCCAAGAUGCUGAUCAACUGGAUUGAAGAAGAUGUUGGACCUAAGAUUGGGUUUCUUAUGGAUGUUCCAGUCUUUGAUUUAUUUAACGUGGUACUAAUGGAUAGCUCUGGUCACUUUCAUCACUGGAAAUUUUACAGGAAGGAACACUUUUCUUUUUAAAGCUUAAAAACAGUUAUUUGGGGCAUAAAGUUUCUGGUGUUGUAUAGAUUAUGUCAUAUAAAGUUCUGAAAGUUCCUCAUCAACAUCUUCAAGAUUCUACCAAGCUGGUUCUACAUCUAAAACAUAACAAAUAAUAAUUUACUUGCACACAAAUAUUUUUCGUCAUUUUUGAGAUGUGGGUGUUGCUAGCAUUUAUUACCCGUCCCUAGGUGCCCCCUUGAGAAGGUGGGGGCGAGCUGCCUUCUUGAACCUCUGCAGUCCGUGUGCUGUAGGGAGACCCACAAUGCCCUUAGGGAGGGAAUUCCAGGAUUUUGACUCAGUGACACUGAUGGAACAGCAAUAUAUUCCCAAGUCAGUUUGGUGAGUGGCUUGGAGGGGAACUUGCACGGGGCUGGUGUUCCCAUGUAUCUGCUGCUCUUGUCCUUGUGGACGGAAGUGGUCGUGGGUUUGGGGAGUCCUGUUAAAGGAGUCUUGGUGAGUUGCUACAGUCAAAUUAACUUCUAAAUAUUAGGGCACACCUGUUUUAUGUAGCGUUUAACGGUAAGCCAUCAAAGAAAUAUGAUGUUGAGGACUUUGAUGGUGUAUCAAACAGCGUUGACCCAUUGAUCUGUAUAUGUUUAUAUAAUAUGUAUAUCAGCAUAUCGGUGAGAGAUAAAAGGCUUUAAAAAAUUAUUUCCAUUGAA